GUCGUUAACGAAACCGAACCUUUGCCCUAAAUAGCAUUGCUUUUAUACUGAAGAACAUGAGGUCCGUCGAUCGUAAAUUUCUCAUGGAGAAGAUGGAUUCUUAUCUUGACUCGUUUGGAGGGGGCGAAUUUACUUUGAAUAACACGCACGAUCGACUAACAGUUUCUGAUGGUGUUUGUUAUACACGUGUGGUUGAAGGACUCCCGAUCGCACCAGAACGCCCUACAGAAUCGGCCAAUCUUCACCAACAAUCGAAUCACAAUCGUUCUCUUUCUUUCAAAGUAAUCAAGAAGCUACUCGACGAUGAAUACCUCGAAACGACGUCGAUUCAAGAGUUGAACAGGAAACUUCGUCGGCUGCCUGAAGGGCUGAUGCAAAAAUUUAGGAAGAGGAGGCGAGUUCUCAAGAAUCGUAAAUAUGCUCUGAAGUGCCGACGGAAAGGGAUGCAGAGACAGAGUUACAUCGCAGAAGAAAAUGCAGCUCUUGAACGAGAAAUUCUCCGUGCAAAUAUGGAAUUGAAAAAAGUUUCCCAAGAAAGAGAUAAAUAUCGACAGAAAUAUGAGCGAUUCGUAGAUGCUGUGAAAACAUCAAGCGAGUUGCCAAUGGCGGAGUAUGACAGAAUUGUAAUGUAGCCUCAACUGAAAAAGGAACUUAAA